GAAAUUAGGGAUUGAAUUCCAACCCUAUAAUGAAUGUGGUACAAAAAGUGGUGUGCCUGAAAUUGAACUGACGUAGAGCCAACACGAGACUGCUUUUCAAAUGAGUUGUGAACUCAAUACUGGAGGUGGACCCGGAUCCAGCCGUAGUUCCAGCGGUAUCCAAAUAGGCUCUGCCUGGUUUCAGAGAAGGAUCAAUCUUAGACCCCAGCAUCGUGGGGUCCACCUAGUCACAGAGGAAGUGCUGCGACUCAUACCUGAAAUCUCACAGUUUUCUGUGGGACUCGCUCACUUUCAAAUACUUCACACAUCAGCUAGUUUAGCAUUAAAUGAAAGUUGGGAUCCAGAUGUCAGGGAUGAUAUGGAAAUGAUGUUGAAUCGAAUUAUCCCUGAGGGCUUGCCAUACAGGCAUUCAUGUGAAGGCCCGGACGAUAUGCCCGCCCACGUCAAAGCUUGCUUCCUGGGAUCGUCGUUGACGUUGCCGAUCAGCGACGGCCGUUUGGCGCUGGGCACCUGGCAAGGCAUCUGGCUUUGCGAGCAUCGAAACCAGGCCGGAUCGCGCAAGCUGAUGGUCACCUUGCAGGGAUGUCUCCGACCCGACACCAGCCUGGGCUCCUCCGGCGGAAUGCGGAACUCACGCAGUCCAGCUCAUCCAGGCGCGGAUUCACCUCUGGCCUCCACUUCUAGCUAACCUUCUCCGGCUUUAAAAAACAAACAAACAACAAAACUAUGAUGAUCCACACGCAGCAUUCGCCUAUCCCCUCCUCUCUUAUCUUUAUUUUUCUUUAUUUUAUGUUUUUCUUUUCUUUUCUUUCAUUCUUUCCACUCGGUCUCUAAAUUAAAAGUUCGUACACUGGAAUUCCCGAUUUGCCCGACUCUUCCUUUUCGUUAUCUCUCGUCCAGUUCUAUUCGCAUCCUGCGUGCUCUUGUCUACCGACUUCGACAGGUUGACGAGGUCUUCUUUCUUCUCCUUUUUCUUUUCGUUUCGUCUAUUCCCUCCACGUCCACACACUGAGUUCGAUAAAAGCGGGAUUCCGGAAGGAGUUGGGAUUCACCAGACAGUGAAAUGGGAGGGGAAAGAGUUGCUCUUACGACUUACUGUUUUAAAACAAACGAAAAAGUAGCCAAUAACUUGAGAGCCGCUGGACGGAAUAUUCUCUCCACUGCCUUCUGAAGCAACAAUAAAAAAAGGGCAGUCGAAAGCAACAUUUUUUGUUUUCCCCUUCUUUCCAAAGUCACUCCGCCAUCGUUUUGUUUUCUAUUCGUUUUUGUUCUCCCAUUUUGAUUGGCCGGGUUGGCUAUUGCUCGUCACUAUGCAGCGUUUCCCUUCGGGGUGUGAGGAGAGAUCUUGGGGUUUCCGUCAGAGAAGAUUUCGAAUAAAUUAAGAUAAACGGAAACACACACACUUCUGAAGCAACAUAAAAUCACAGUUCUGAGUAAAACUCACUGAAAGACACAUGGUAUAGGUUUUAAAGACCUUGGUAGUACACAAGUCAAAAAUAAAAAAGAAAUAAAAAAAAUAUGUUAAUCAAGAAAAGCCCCUAGUUUUUUUUGGAUGGGGUUCCGUUGAGCUGUAGGGAAAAAAAGAAUUUUUGCUCCUAUUUCUUUAUUUUGUUAUCGUAGUGGCGGUGUGUGUUCCACCAAGUCCAUUAGCAUCCUCCGUAGAAUGAAUGGUGGCAUUUUUUUUGUGAUUUUUUUUUUCCUUUACCUUUCCCACUACAUUACCUAUUACUGUAAUUCCCAUCCGCUCCAUUCUCGUUUCAUCGUGGCAUCCUCCCCACAAUCAUUUUUGCUCACUUGCAAUAACUUUCAACUCCCCACUUAAACUCCUUUCCCCGCGGUCUUACGGGUUCGUUCACACACACACACACAUAAACACACACUAAUCGGGAUGGUGACUCCAUUUUUCAUUCGACGUCAUUGCGAAAUAUUUCAGACCUUUUUCCUUCGCCAGCCAUUGAUUCUCUGCACUCGAGUGCUCUAUCAAUUUCUUUUUGCGGGGGUGGGCAGGUAUGCACGUUUCUGCGACCCACAACGAUUUUUUUUUCUUUUGGUUUCAAUUGCAGAUUUUAGGGUUUAGCCCUCCGAUGAUUAUCUCCUUUCCCUAAUUUUCAUUUGAUUCGUUUUAUUUGUAGUAAUUCAUGAUGCCCAAAACGAUUUUUUUUUGCCUCUUCCUCCUCACUCGCGUGUUAUUGUAUGGCUCAGUAGCUUCCCGCCUCUCUCGAUCGAGGUUGAGAGUUUUAAGAAACACCUGAAAUGAUGACGAAACGAAAAGAUAGUGAACUCGGGAAAAAAAAAACAUUAUUAAAAGAGGAAUGUAUCUCGUUUAUAGUCAUAGUUGAAAACGUAGAGACACAAAAGAGCCAUAGAGAGUCUAUAAAGAAGUCGUACUCUGCGUGCGUGUGUGUGUGUGUGUGUGUUACGUGUGUAGAAAAUCAGACAGAAGGAGUUGACAAGAAUUUUUUUUUUUUUUUUGGUUUUCGUUCUUUCUUUCUUUUUAAGUUUUGUUGAAAUAUUUUGUGUAGAAAUAGUUUUCUUCGUCUUGGAACUGUGUGUGUGUGUCAGACGGUUUAGAAGAAAUUGUAAAAGAAUUGAUGCUUUUUCUCCCUUUUUGAAUUGUGUUCACGAUUUGCAAUUCUGUUUUGGGUUUUGUAUUCAAAAUUAGAUAUUUCGAUUUGAAUGGAAGUGGCAGAUUGAGACAUACACACCACACAUCAUCGUUAGUGGCUGUCGAUAGUGUAAACGAAUUCGAAUGAUGUUUAUGUUGACCUUCUUUUUUCCUCCCUAUGUAAUAAUAAUACUAGUUUCUUCCUCUUUGUUUUUUUUGUGUGUGUUUGGGGAUUGUUGAAUUGCUCCUUCUAGCCCGACACCCACUCGCCUCCUGAUCCCUACUCUCUCUAUCUCUCUCUCUCCCUCUUUAUUCGUCUAUUUUGUCCACCCACAAUAAACAUAAAGCCCUCCUAUUUGGCGUUUGUGAUGCAUUAUUAUUAAUAGACGCAGCCGUUGCG